AUUGUUUUACUUCAAUAAUAUUUUGUAAUUUUUUUUUAAUUAAAAGGAUAAACAAUGUAGAUUUAUUUUCACAGCCGCCUUUGAUCAUAUGUAACAAGUGCACACUGACUAGCAUGUUAAAGUUCACGUCAAUAGGCAGAAAGUUUAACUGAACACAAGUGCUGCAUGUUCAGUAUGGGAGGGUAGCAGGUGUUUAUUCAAACAGAAAUAGUUCAAGGGUGUGUGAAUUUUGGAUGAACUAUCCUUUUAAGUAGAGGUGGAGAAAGCACCAGCUCUUCUUAUGAACCAGGAAGUAACUUCUUAAAUUCAUUGGUACUUUGAAACAACACAAGAACUGCAAUGCCAAGACCUUAUCUUCUCAUUCUGAUAUUGGCCAGUGCUCAAACUUCAGUAACUGGUGAAUACAGUAUCAGACUGGUGAAUGGUAGUAAUAACUGCUCUGGGAGAGUUGAGAUCCUUUAUAAUGACCAGUGGGGGACAGUGUGUGAUGAUGGCUGGGACAUUGAAGAUGCUGAGGUGGUGUGCAGACAGUUGGGAUGUGGACCAGCUGCUAGAGCACACUCCAACGCUCGUUUUGGCCAGGGAAGUGGUCGGAUCUGGUUGACUAAUGUGAGAUGUUCAGGAAGUGAAUCGUCCCUCGCACAGUGCUCACACAGUCCUUUUGGAUUCUUUAGCUGUGGUCAUCAAGAAGAUGCAGGUGUCGUCUGCUUAAAAGACAUAAAAUUGGUCAGUGGGUCUGAUUCAUGCUGUGGAAGAGUGGAGAUCCUUCAUAAUGGCCAGUGGGGAACCGUGUGUGAUGAUGGCUGGGACAUGAAUGAUGCUGCUGUGGUGUGCAGACAGUUAGAGUGUGGUUCAGCCAUCAGUGCACCUAAAAGUGCCGCCUUUGGUCAAGGCAGUGGAUCGAUCUGGCUGGAUGGUGUUGGAUGCUCGGGAGGUGAAGGAAACCUCACACAAUGUUCACACAGAGGACUAGGAGCUCACAACUGUGGUCAUGGUGAAGAUGCUGGUGUUGUUUGUUCAGGUGACCUGCAGAGACCCACUCUUUUCCUGAUCUCCACAAAUGCAGUUUCUCGUGCAGUUGUUUCUCCUGGACAAAACAUUCAGUUCAGAUGCACAACACCUAAACCAAGAUGCAAUGCUGAUGCUGAAUUCCACCUCUUCGUAAACGGAUCAUCAAUAUCCUCCCAGAAACAUGUUUCUGAUGUGACUUUCCACCUUGUCAAUGUAAGCGUCUCACAUCAGGGCAGCUACAGCUGUAAUUACUCCUACCAAAACGGCACUGUAAUAUCACCUUGGAGUAACACUGUUGACAUCACUGUAGGUGAAUAUAGUAUCAGACUGGUGAAUGGUAGUGAUAACUGCUCUGGGAGAGUUGAGAUCCUUUAUAAUGACCAGUGGGGGACAGUGUGUGAUGAUUCCUGGGACACUGAAGAUGCUGAGGUGGUGUGCAGACAGUUGGGAUGUGGACGAGCUGUUAGUGCACACUCCAACGCUCAUUUUGGCCAGGGAAGUGGUCCGAUCUGGUUGAAUAAUGUGAGAUGUUCAGGAAGGGAAUCAUCCCUCACACAGUGUUCACAGGAUCCUUUUGGAAACCAUGAGUGUGGUCACGAAGAAGAUGCAGGUGUCGUCUGCUUAAAGGGUGAAUAUACUAUCAGACUGGUGAAUGGUAAUAAUAACUGCUCUGGGAGAGUUGAGAUCUUUUAUAAUGACCAGUGGGGGACAGUGUGUGAUGAUAACUGGGACAUGAAUGAUGCUGAGGUGGUGUGCAGACAGCUGGGAUGUGGACAAGCACUUAAAGCAUACUCCAACGCUUAUUUUGGCCAGGGAAGUGAUCCGAUCUGGUUCAAUGAUGUGGAAUGUUCAGGAAGUGAGUCAUCCCUCACAAAGUGCUCAUUUCCUUUUGGAAGCAGGUACUGUGGUCAUGAAGAAGAUGCAGGUGUCGUCUGCUUAAAAAGUGAAUAUAGUAUCAGACUGGUGAAUGGUAGUAAUAACUGCUCUGGGAGAGUUGAGAUCCUUUAUGAUGACCAGUGGGGGACAGUGUGUGAUGAUCACUGGGACAUUGAAGAUGCUGAGGUGGUGUGCAGACAGUUGGGAUGUGGACGAGCUGUUAGUGCACACUCCAACGCUCAUUUUGGCCAGGGAAAUGAUCCGAUCUGGUUGGAUAAUGUGAGAUGUUCAGGAAGUGAAUUAUUCCUCACACAGUGCUCACACAAUCCUUUUGGAGACCAUGACUGCCGUCAUCAAGAUGAUGCAGGUGUCGUCUGCUUAAAGGGUGAAUAUAGUAUCAGACUGGUGAAUGGUAGUAAUAACUGCUCUGGGAGAGUUGAGAUCCUUUAUGAUGACCAGUGGGGGACAGUGUGUGAUGAUGGCUGGGACAUUGAAGAUGCUGAGGUGGUGUGCAGAUAUUUGGGAUGUGGACGAGCUGUUAGUGCACACUCCAACGCUCAUUUUGGCCAGGGAAGUGAUCCGAUCUGGUUGGAUAAUGUGGAAUGUUCAGGAAAUGAAUCAUCCCUCACACAGUGCUCACACAAACCUUUUGGAGACCAUAACUGUGGUCACGAAGAAGAUGCAGGUGUCGUCUGCUUAAAGGACAUAAGAUUGGUCAAUGGGUCUGAUUCAUGCUGUGGAAGAGUGGAGAUCCUUCAUAAUGGCCAGUGGGGAACCGUGUGUGAUGAUGACUGGGACAUGAAUGAUGCUGCUGUGGUGUGCAGACAGUUAGAGUGUGGUUCAGCCAUCAGUGCACCUACAAGUGCCGCCUUUGGUCAAGGCAGUGGAUCGACCUGGCUGGAUGGUGUUGGAUGCUCGGGAGGUGAAGGAAACCUCACACAAUGUUCACACAGAGGACUAGGAGCUCACAACUGUGGUCAUGGUGAAGAUGCUGGUGUUGUUUGUUCAGGUGACCUGCAGCAGCCCACUCUUUCUGUGAUCCCCACAUAUACAGUUGUUUCUCCUGGAGAAAACAUUCAGUUCAGAUGCACAACACCUAAACCAAGAUGCAAUGCUGAUGCUGAAUUCCACCUCUUCAAAAACGGAUCAUCUAUAUCCUCCCAGAAACAUGUUUCUGGUGUGACUUUCCACCUUGUCAAUGUAAGCGCCUCACAUCAGGGCAGCUACAGCUGUUAUUACUCCUACCAAAACGACACUGUUUUAUCGCCUUGGAGUAACACUGUUGACAUCCUUGUAGGUGAAUAUAGUAUCAGACUGGUGAAUGGUAGUAAUAACUGCUCUGGGAGAGUUGAGAUCCUUUAUGAUGGCCAGUGGGGGACAGUGUGUGAUGAUGGCUGGGACAUUGAAUGAUGCUGAGGUGGUGUGCAGACAGUUGGGAUGUGGACGAGCUGUUAGUGCACACUCCAAG